UCCAAGUCAAGCUAAAACCAAAAAACAAAGAUAAUACACUAAAACAAUUAAAAUACCUUUCUUCUCUUUGUGCUUCAAUGGCAAUGGCUCAAAAAGAUAGAAACAUGAAGAUCGCUCAAAAGGCUUUUGAAAUGGUCGAUAAGAUGUACGGUAAGUCCCCAAAAAUAACCCCUCCACCAUAUGUUCCCAGGGACGACCGGUUUGAGAGGGUGAAAGGACGGGCUAUUAGCUGCGACGAGGCGGCCCGACUCUAUGGAGGGGUACUUAUUAAGGAAUUUCGUUAAGUGGUGUAAAAACUCAAGAAAUGUUGAACUUGGAGGGUAAGUUUGUAAAAAAGUGUGAUAGUUUUUAUUUCUGCUUUCUGAAAAAGUGCAGACCAACACAUAUAUGCUAAAGCUUGUUGUAACGGUUUUUCUUAGAAUAAGCUUUAGAUCACUACCAAGUGUUUGUGUCUGUUAUGUAUCUACAAGUACUUCCAAGAUGAAGCUUAUGUAUAAUAUAUAAAAUGUUACGGUGUCACUG